AUGGUACAAUUACUGGCUUCAUUGGCAUCUUUACUGUUGGCCAGCAGUGUCAAUGGUCUACAUGCGCCGGUAAAGUACUGGUGUGGUAAGAAAUAUAAUUCAUCGGCUUCCAACUUUGAUGGAUAUAACCUGGGUUGGUCUGACGUGGAACGGGACCUACCUAGACUCGUUGAAAGUCAGCAAAUAAGAAUUGUUCAAGAAACACUACCAUAUCUUGAAUCAUCAUCAAAUGCUGCCCUGGUGGCUUAUAUCCCCCAGCAUUAUUUCAAUUUAGCGGGGAAUAUGAACAUUACUGUCUCUGUUCCUGAGUUGAAUGCCUCCACUGUGAUUGGACCACAAGACGCUGGAAAUGGUGUUUCAUUCCCUGCCGAUAUAUCAAAUGCUACGCUCGGUCGCAGUAUCAUCUCUGCUGAUGUCUCGUAUGCAAGCUAUAAGCUAAGCUCUGAAACCCAGAAGUACUUUGACACUGUCUACUUUGAUCUGUACAAGGUAACAGCUCCGUCGAAUGGAAGUGUAGUCACCUUAGAUGCAGUUACCCAGGCAUUAUCAGUUAACGGCAGCAAAGCAUUUAUUCCUGUGGGAUAUUAUGUAGAUGCUGGUACGGUGUUGGCUGAUUAUGAAUCUGCAAAGUCCAACUUCUCGCAAUAUGCUUCCGAGGGAUAUAACGUUUUGAUGUACACGGGUCCUAUUUCAAACCAAACUCAAAUGGAAUGGACCCUUGAUCUUGCAGAGGAACAUGGUUUAUACUUUCAAGCAGACGUCACUGAUAUUACGAACAGUGUUGAUGAUCUUGUGUAUUUCAUUGCUAACUAUUCCUCGCACCCAGCAUUUUUGUCUUACUACAUUGGAAAUGAACCCGAUGGUGAUGAAGGUAUUGGAAGUUUUGAGCCAGUACAGUCUCUUCGAGCUUAUAAGCUUAUAAAACUACAAGAUCCUUAUCACCCUGUAACACUGGUUACAAACUGUCAGCAUAGUGCUCCUGAUUAUGUUGACCACAUCGAUUUCUAUAUGGUCGAUGUAUACGCAGUUGGCAUCCCUACUGAAUACAACGGUUUUGUCUGCAAUACCACCCAGGGCUGCUGUGGAUGUGACAAUUGCGAUGCCCAAAACCCUGUAAAGUCCAUUGCUGAUAGAUAUGAAGCAGUGAGAUCGGAUCUGGGAAUCCAAUAUCCACCCACCAUGCUCGUAGCUCAAACGUUUUAUGACAACACUUCAUAUUGGAGCCGCAAUCCCACUUAUGAGGAAGAGUUUACUAUGGCAUGGACCAGUAUUAUAUCUGGUGGAUCAGGUGUACUGGGAUAUACAUGGCCCGUGUCCAAUUCUCCAAAUGCCAGUCUUCCAUUAUCUCAGGCAAUAUCGGAUUUUGCCAAUGAGUAUUUAGGCGACAAGGGCCUUUCGGCGAGAACCACACUGAGUGGACCCAGAACUACUUACGGAUCAUUUAAUGGUAUAUACUAUGCUAUCUGGAACACAGGCACUAUUGUGGCCGUCAAUACCAACUACAGUAACUCAUCUCUCUCGAUUGAUGUUUCGCCCUUCAUUAAACCAAAUGUAAAGAGUCUUUCUGUCAAGAGCCUUGGUGCAACUGCCAAGCAAAACAUGACUUCCGUUCCUAUUUCAGGGGGCGUGUUGACAGACCAAUUUGGUUAUUUAGAAGUGAAAGCAUAUACUACUUAG